AUGAAGGAACGAAAAACCGAAUCAGUAUUCUGGAGUCAUCCGUUGGCUUUUUGGCUACAGGAUUGUGCACUUGGCGAUCCUCCAUUAAUUCCUGAGCAAGAAUGGAGAAUGGAGCAUCGGCGAAAUUGUCCAAUAAUUCAUUUUGAAGAAAUUUCAGAUGGAUUUUUGAUGACCAGUUUAAUGAAAUUUAUCGAUUCCGACACCCAACAAGUGUCCCUUGAUUUUUCUGAAAAUGGAAAAAGCAAAAAGGGACGGAGCCUACAAUUCCAGAAUCUUCUGAUUCGAAUCAGUCGGUUUUAUGAGACAAAUUUGGAGCAAAUCAUAGUUUGCCAGCUGCCAGAUUUGCACACACUGACACGGAUUGAAUUUGAUGAAAGCUUCCAAGAAGAGCUCAAAAAACUUCUACUUCUCCUUCUCGGCUGCGCAAUUCAAAGCGAUAAAAAGAAGGUGUUUGUGGAGCGAAUCACUGGAUUCGAUCAGGAAAUACAAAUUGGUCUGGCCAGUUAUAUACAAGAGCUAACAGAGGGAAAUCAAAUUGUGAGAAGUUUGGAAAUUGGAGAAAUCGUUGGGGAAGAGGAGGCGGAGCUUAUCAUGAAGGAUCGAGAAGAUAACGGUGGUCCCAGUGGGAGUGUGGAGGAUGUGGAUUCUGACGAUUUGGAAAGUACCACAACUACAAGUUCAAAUGGAGAUCAUUGCAUAAAACAGAAAGAUUCCAGCUAUCUGAUGAGCCGUUCAACGUCGCCAACUUCUGAAGCACGUCAUCUGACACUACAAUUAGCAAAUGUUCAGCAUGAAAUGAGACAGUUAAGGACGCAGGCUGAAAACAAAGACGAAGAAUGCCGUAAAUUAGAAGUGGAAUUGGAGGAAAAGUCAAAAAAAAUCAGUUCACUGGAAAACGAAAGACUAAAACUUUUGGAAAAAGAGAGGAAGGUCAAAGAGUUGAGUGAUGAUCUACAGGCGGCUCGGUGUCGAAUCGAAAAAUUACAACCGUUGGAAAAUGUGGAAAAGAAGUACAAGGAGGCGAGAGAUGAAAAGGAUUUGUAUAAAUCUCGAUAUGAGGUAAGGAAAAAAACGAUUUUUGGGGAAAACUGGUCCCAAAAUAUACAGGUCUCUUCAUAUUUUUUACAAUCUGAGAAAAUUAUUUCCCCUAAUAAAACCCCCAUUCAAACCGCCGUCACCAAAAAGAAUCACACCCUAGAAGAAGAGGUCACCGAGCUGGAUAAAAAAUUAAAAACCCUUCAAAUGGAAUCCAAAUCUCGGAAUGGUGUCGAAGAUCAACUCGCCCGGCUUAAAAUCACUCUUCAAGAAUUUGAAUCUGAAAUUUCGAAGAAAAAUUCGGAUAUUGAAGAUUUGUUGGUGGAGAAGCAUCGAAUGGAUUUGGAAUUGAAGGAGAGGGAGGAGAGGAUUCAGCAGUUGGAGAUGCCAAUUUCAACUAAUAACACUCCAAGAUUCAUGGAUUCACUGGCUGACCAAUUGGAGGACGCAAAACAGGACGAAUUUGAAAUGAUGAAAGCGGAAAUUCGAAAAUUGAGAGCACAGACAGAAGGAGCAACUCCUGAAACUACUAUAAUCACUCACCACCCCAACCUCGAAGACCUCCACCAGAAAUUGUCCUCUGAGCAACACAAAAAUGCUCAACUCCAGCUGGAAAUUCAAAAACUGCAAGUCGAACGAGAGCAAAUCGAUGGGAACUUGGAGAGAAUCGGAAUUGAACUAGAAGAGACUUCAGAACAAAUGGAAAAUCUGAAUUCCGAGCGAGAUGAAGCCAUCAAACAACUCCACGAAGCUCGGCGAAAAUUCACACAAUUCCAAACGGAAUUUGGGAACAAAUCCGAUGAAAAACUCAGAAAAUUCCAGAAGGAGGUCGAUAGUUUAAAGGAGCAUGAGGAGGAAAUGGAAGCUAGCUUUGGAAGAAUCAAAGAGGAAAAUCGCCGGCUUCAAUUCGAGCUAGACGAGGUCCAGGAAGAAAAGACAGCCUUCGAGGACCAGCUAAAGUCGCUAGAACGCUCGAAAAAAUCCCUGGAAGCUGAGAAGACCUCCUUGAAAUCGAAGCUCCUGGAGCUCGAGGACCUUCUAGAAUCCCAAAAAUUGGUUUUAAUGAAUACCGAGGUAUCUCAAAAGAGGCUAGAAGAUCGGGAUCAGCUUAUCAACUCCCUUCACAAUCAGAAAAACGACUUGGAAAAUGACCUAAAAACUUGCCAAACCCAUUUGGAUCUGGAAUCCAAAAAGCUGCAGAGACUUAGAGAGGAUUUGGUCCAGGAGAAGUCAAAAAGAGCGGAUUUGGUUGGCAGGAUACGGUCACUGUGUACAACACUGAGUCUCAAUGGAGCGCACUUUGAAGAAAUGGAUAAUGAUGAGAAGUUGAUUGAAAAUAUUGAUGAUAUCAUGAUGAAUGCGUUGGUGGCUGUGAAACGGGAAAGGGAUGAUUUGAGGAUUCAAGGAAAUCAACAGAUUGCGGAAUUAGGCGAUUUGAAGAGAGAUAUUGAGAAGUUGAGCAUAGCUAGCUUUGUAAAAGUACGCAGCGAGUCCGCCUCCCUCAACGAAUCCGACGAUCGUGUCCGUGAGCUCACCAGAGAGAACAUGCAUACCAAAGAGCAAGUUUUCAUGCUCCAGGAGAAACUUCGAGAGCUCAAUCUGGAACUUUCCACCAAAAAUAAUGAAAUCGAUCUGGCAAAAGCUUCAAUAGAAGAGUUGAAUCGAAAUUCGACGUCAUCUGUAGCGAGCAAUUCUGAAAUCGCACGUCUUCAAGUUUCUAUUAGGAAUUCUCAAAUUCAAGAGGAUCUCGUCAAACAGGAGAAUCAAAAAAUGAGAGAUGAACUCCAAGAAUUGGAAAAACAGAAUAAGAAGAGAAAUCAGAAUUUGGAUGAGCUGGAAUCUAUGCAUAAAACUUUGUUGGUCGAUCAUUCGAGACUUCAACAGCUGCAUAAUUUGUUGACUAGGGAUUAUGAUGAAGCGAAGAAGGAAUCGAUGGAAUUGAGACAGAAGGUUCAGAAUAUUCCGAGGCAACAGGCCGUCUUCAUGAACGCCAACAUCCGUGAGCUCGAAGCCAAACUAUCCGAGGAGAUCGCUAGAAAAGAGCAAGCGAUUCGUCAACUUCAAGAGCUCGAAAAAGAGCACAAAAUGUGCAGAAUCCAUUGUGAUAAUCUUCGAAGAGAUGUCACAGAGCUCGUUCAGACUCGCGAUGAGCUUUCUUCGGAGCUCCGACGAGCCCAUGACACGUGUCAACAUCGGAAUAAUCAGAUUGACGACUUGAAGAAGCAAUUGGGUCAGAAAAUGUCGGAAAUCAACAAGUUGAACUCAAAAAUCGAUGCGUUAAGUCAGCUGAAUCGAACUUAUAACGAUGAAAAUAAGAAUUUGUCGAGACAACUGGAGAUAUUGCUCACCCAGAAUAAAGAGCUGCUCCAGAGAGCCCUUCAUGACAAGGAUCAGUAUCAUUUGGAGAUGAAGGAUUAUCAGGACCAACUUUCUGCUCUACGACGACACAAGGAAAAAUUAGAAGACAAAAUAAUGGAUCAAUACAGAACGAUGGAAAAUAAGAAAUCCACUCCAGAAAGGAAGCAACCAUUGGUUAAACGAGCAGCCAAAGCUUUGAUUAAUAGGCGCCGCGCCACAUCCAACGGCGGCUCAACAACCGAAGACAGCAGCGUCUACUCAGCCGAUGAGCGCAGUUCGCCUCCACUAGCCGGUAAUUCUCAAUGUUCCGUGUCCACGUCGUCUGAAUCCACGUCUACAUCGUCUUCUGGAGUCUACACGUCUCCAGAAGACUGUCCACUGCAUGGAAUCGCAGAUGACAAUGACAAUUUGCCACCAACCUGCUCGUCUUCUGAUGAUCAUGACGUCGUUUCUCCAGACUUCACAGUGACAAAAAAUGCACUUUUACGAAGUCGAAACGAUUUUUUGGGUGGUUCAGUGAGGAUUUCCGCCGGUUCCAGAAGAUAUAUUAAUGAUUAUGAGGCGCAUAAUCUUAGUACCCCAUUCCUUCCUCCUCGUGUCCCAAUUCGAAAUACCCCUGUGACAUCAUCCCUCCGGUCCCGCCCCCCUCCUCCACCGUACAAUCCACGUGGCACCGGACCUAGAACGCCUCAAAACUAUCGAGAAUCGGAUGAUAGUCCAAAUAGGAGGCCUGGAAAUUUGAGUUGCUCAUUUUUCGAACCAAUUGCUCAUUCUACACCGAAUUCAAGUCUUCUGGGAAGUCCGGAUAGAAGAGUAGUGGCAGAAGGAGAGAAGAGGGAGAUAAUUAGAGAUAAGGUGAUUAGGGGAAGACUGAAAUUAAUAGUUGAAAGGAAAUAUUUUCUCAAAACUUCAAAAAUCAAAUUUCAGGACGAACGAAUCGACAAGACCCUGAGCUACUAUGAGAAUGUGCAUCUCCCACCAUCUGAAUCCCCAGAUUUCAACGAUCCCAAUGAGCAAACUUGGUGUGUCUGA